CUCGUCUUGAAACCCCUUGAUCUGCUUUCAACAUAAGCAGAUAGUGCUGCUCUCUUCUUGACUGCACUGCAUCUAUCUCACGCUCCAUUGGUCGUCCUGCAGUCGUCACCAGCGACCCCACCAUCUCCCGAAGCUAUGGCCGAACUCGCUGUCUUCGACAAAGACCCCAAUAUCUACCUCUUUACCUCUCUAACAGCCGGCUCCUCCCACAUCAUCACAGCGACGUCGCGUAUCGAAACAAUCCUUAAAGCGAAUAAGAUUCCGUUCAUUGGACUCGACACAGCAACGCACGAGUUGGGCAGGAAGCUGUUCCAACGGCGCGCAUCCGGCAAGAAGCUUCCUCUGCUGGUCAAGGAAGGAUAUGUACUCGGCGGCAUUGAGGAGAUCGAGGAAUGGAACGAGUACGAUGAGCUUCACGAAGCGUUAGGCGUCGACACAGCCUUCACAGCCUACCCGCCCAAGCCCACAUCCCUAUUCGAACCAGCGCCGAGCAAGACACCGCCACCGCUAGCUGGUGCGCUGCCGGGGGGCUUCUCAUUUGGGCAAGCGGGGGAUUCACCAUUUGCAUCGCUGGGUGCAGUUGGAGGCAGCAGAGCAAAAGAGAACGCACCCGUUGCAAGCGCAGAGCAGAAUCUUGCAAUAAGGCAGAUGGGCGCUGAAGCAGCGAAGAUCGCAGCAAGCAAGAAGCCAGUACCCGUCAAGAUCUCGACAACGAACCCGCUCCUGACGGAGAAGACGAACGCCAAGGGCCCCGCCGAUGUGCUGAGCCCGAAGUCGACGCCGCUACCCAAGUCGCCAAGCACAGCUUCGAACGAGAAGAAGGAGAGUGGGGCUAAGAAGACCGAGCUGCCCGAUCUUCUCUCCCCACGCUCGAUACCGCUCCCCCAGACGCCUGGCGUAGCACCAAAGCUCGAACAACAGAAGCCCGUCCAUGCACCGCCUUCCAUGCAUGAAGAUGCAGAGAAUCCAGCGCUGUCGGCCGGUCCCAUAAAGGAAACACAGGCACAAGAGGAGAGCUCGGAGGAAGAAAAGGACAGCGAUGAGGAAGAGAGCAGCGAAGAAUCCGCCACAGAGAAGAAGGCGGGGAAGACACAAGAGCAAGACCCCAAGGAUGCGUCAAAGGCUGGCGCGAGUGUUAAGGAGGGUGAGCAGGAAGAGGAAAGCCGCGAGGAGGAGAGUGAAGAUGAGGCGAAGGCUGGUGCUGCUGUCAAGAAGGAAGAGACCGAGCCUGCAGAGACCAAACCUGCGAGUCCUACGCCGCAGCCGAAGCAGAGCAGUAGUGAAGAGAAUAGCGAGGAAGAAGACGACGAAAGCGAGGAGGACGUCAAGAAGGUUGAGGUCAAGAAGACACAGACCCAGGACGCCAAAGAUGCAUCCAAGGCCGGUGAGAGCGUACUUGACUAGACCUGCAGACAGCGCGAUUCUCGACCACUAAGGAGACACCUCAUUGGCCGUGUCACCCUAGAUGCACAGGAAUCCAGCUACAAAAGCCUCCCCUGCUCUCGGUCUUACUCACCACUUCACGACUUUGCUAUCGGAACCUAAAAAGGUGUAUGUCUUCGCGUGUAUGUGCUUUCUCUGCUGCAUUCAAAACCGAUCCUCUACGACACCCAUAGUCUCUGCUGUCUGGUAUCGCUGCAAACAAUCAAAGUCCAAGAC